AUCUCAACUGCCUCUCCGUGUUGAACUCGCGUUUUCAAGCUGAGAAAAGCAGGGAAUAACAACACCCCCCGCCCCCAAAACACAGAGAGAGAGAGACCGAGUAACAGAAUCUCACAGACUUUUCUUUUCUUUUUCUUUUAUUUAUUUAUUUAUUAUUAUUAUUAUUGGAGAAAAACCCAAAUUUUCUUCAUUUAUAUCGACAGCCGAAGAAGCCUGAAUUCAACCCUUUUCUCCUCAUUCCUUCUUCUUUUGUCUUCCUGGGUUUCUCGAUCUUGAUCGUGGAUCGUCGAGUCUCUGAUCGCUUGGAGAAUCGAUUAAGCAGGCGGUGUUUUCUGAGUUGUGGUGGAUUGAAGUUGGUUAUCGGAGGAAGGAAAGAGAGAAAACAUAAACAAAUUUUUUUCGUUUUAACUUCUUUUUUUUAAUCUUUGGGGUGGUUAAGGUUUGGUGGAAGGGGGUUUUGGAGAAGAUUGAGCGGUUUUGUUUUUGAUUUAUAAAUGAUGUUGACCUUAACUGGUGGGUUUUGAAGUACUAUGGAACUGGUUGUUACACGACAACAAGAUGACGCUUUACAUUGGUCGCGAAGCUUCAAAGUUAUGGAAGAGAAUUUGUGCAGAGACAACUACAGAGGUCAACCUUCUUCUAGACAAUUGGAAAUACCUUCUUGCCGGCCUCAUUUUUCAGUACAUUCAUGGUCUAGCUGCCCGAGGAGUUCAUUAUCUUCACCAGCCAGGUCCAACACUUCAGGAUCUUGGGUUCAUUCUGCUUCCAGAGCUUGGGCAAGAUAAAGCUUACAUUAGUGAGACGGUGUUCACCUUUAUCUUUUUAUCAUUUGUUUUGUGGACUUUCCAUCCUUUCAUCAUGAAGAGCAAAAAAAUCUACACAGUUCUAGUUUGGUGCCGGGUGCUAGCAUUUUUAGUUGCUUCUCAGAUGCUCCGAAUCAUCACAUUCUAUUCAACUCAGCUUCCGGGUCCAAAUUAUCAUUGCCGAGAGGGUUCGAAACUUGCUAGGUUGCCAAAACCUGAGAGUGUGCUAGAAGUCCUCUUAAUUAAUUUUCCUCGAGGUGUAAUAUAUGGUUGUGGUGACUUGAUUUUUUCAUCACACAUGAUCUUCACCCUGGUCUUUGUGCUCACCUAUCAGAAAUAUGGCACACGAAGGUUUAUAAAGCAGUUUGCUUGGUUGGUAGCAAUUAUUCAAAGUUUCUUGAUUGUAGCAUCCCGCAAACAUUACACAGUUGAUGUAGUUGUCGCAUGGUAUACUGUUAAUUUAGUGGUAUUCUUCAUAGACAAGAAACUACCAGAAUUGCCUGACAGAUCCAAUGGAAGUUCACCUCUGUUGCUACCAUUGAGCACCAAAGACAAGGAUAGUAAGACCAAAGAAGAGAAUCACAAGCUGUUGAAUGGGAAUUCUAUAGACCCUGCAGAUUGGAGGCCGAGAACUCAAGUUAAUGGCAAGACUCUAGAAGAUGCCAAUGGGAUCCAUGUUGAUACUGCAAUGAAUGGUGCAUAGAUGAUGGAAGCUGCUGCUAUCACUGUAAUGGGGCUGCUUGAAUCCUUAUAAUCUUGGAUUAGAGGCCUAGCUUCUUCCAAGACUGGUAAAUUUGAUUUGUAUUCUUAAGAAAAAAAAAAAAAAGAACUUGAGUAGUGCACUUGUACACUGCAGUCCUCCAAUGUCGUUGGUUUAAAAACCAUCAAAGUCAUCAUCAGCAUCGACAUGUAUCAUGGAAUUUUCCAAGUUCCUAUUUGCUGUUGUCAUUCUCUUUUCUCAUGUUGAUAGUACCCUCAUUAACUGUAGCUGUUGGAAUACUCUGCUGUUUUCUGCCCACAAUGUCAAAUGGUGAAAUAUAAUUGUCUCUCAAUGCCGAAGGCCAUUGAGAUAUAAAACUACUUUUAAGUGACU